UCCAAAAAGAUGAGGAUGAACUGCAAUGGCUACAGGGUCUUACGCAAAGGUUGCAGUGAUGACUGUACCACCAGACUCUGCCUCCAAUGGAUCAAAUCCCCUGAUUUUUCAACCCUCCAAAUAUCGUUUAAAUGUUUUGGAGAUUUUCCUUUCUCUUAUGCCCAUUUCUUUCUGUUUCAUCAUUCUCCUCGUACGCAAUCUUUUUGCUCUGAAGAUUCUUGGCAGUCUGCAGCGCUCUCCCGAGAUUAAGAUAAAACAAAAGCCUUUCUACGGGAAAUUCUGAAAAGCGAAGGAUGAGAGGGACAGAAGGAUGAGUGUCGUUUUGUUUAAUAUCGUCAGCUAAACGGCGAGGCAUGCUAAAGCUUACUUGCAAUUGCUUAUGACGAAGUGAAUUGAUUGCAGCGAUAUGCUUUUUAUUGUUGCUUGUGUGCUUUCAUUUUGCAGGUGUCCGUUUACUAUGGGGAGCCAGCUACGUUGAGUGUGUCGCCUGCCACGUUGAGUGUCUGCUGAUCUGUUGGUAGGUGAAGGUUUAUUUUCAGUCAUGCCUUCUCUUCAACUGUUGCAACUAACUGAGCAUGGUCGAAGCCUCCUGGCCUCCAGAAGGAAAUCUCUGCUGCUUGCCACUGGUAUCUUACUAGUUGGUGGCACUGCUGCAUAUGUGUCGUCAUGGCGUAACUGUAUAAAGUCUGAUUCUUUUGGUCAUUUGAAUGGGCUUAAAGACGAUAAUGAUAAAUUGGACGGGCAGGUUACAGAUGAAGAUAAUGUGAAGAAAACUAUUCAAAAGAAAGGAAAUUUGAAAUCACUUCAAGUUUUAGCUGCUGUUCUUUUGUAUGAUAUGGGCAAAAUGGGAGCAAGGGACCUUUUCACUUUGAUAGCCAUAGCAGUGUUGAGAACUGCUAUGAGCAACAGAUUAGCAAAAGUACAGGGAUUUCUAUUCCGUGCUGCUUUUCUCCGACGUGUACCAUUGUUUUUCCAGCUGAUAUCUGAAAAUAUCUUGUUAUGUUUUCUUCUAUCAGUCAUUCGUUCUACUUCAAAGUAUGUAACUGGGACCUUAAGUCUGUGUUUCAGAAAAAUAUUGACAAAACGUAUCCAUGCACAUUAUUUUGAGAACAUGGCAUACUAUAAGAUAUCACAUGUUGAUUGUCGGAUUACUAAUCCUGAGCAACGAAUUGCAAGUGAUGUACCAAAGUUCUGUUCAGAGUUGAGUGAACUGGUACAAGAUGACUUGACAGCAGUUACUGACGUUCUUCUCUAUACUUGGCGCCUCUGUUCAUAUGCUAGCCCAAAAUAUUUUUUUGGGAUAUUGGCCUAUGUGUUGGGAGCAGGAACUAUGAUUAGAAACUUUUCUCCUGCUUUUAGUAAACUCAUGUCAAAUGAACAACAAUUGGAAGGUGAAUAUCGGCAGCUUCAUUCACGUUUAAGGGCCCAUGCAGAAAGUAUAGCAUUUUAUGGUGGAGAAUCUAGGGAAGAAUCACACCUUCAGCUGAAGUUUAAGGAUCUUGUUAAACACAUAAGUGUUGUCCUUCAUGACCAUUGGUGGUUUGGCAUGAUUCAGGACUUCUUGUUGAAGUAUCUUGCUGCUACAGUUGCAGUUAUACUGACCAUGGAACCCUUUUUUGCUGGCCAUCUUAGACCUGACGCAUCAACUUUGGGAAGGGCGACAAUGUUAAGCAACUUAAGAUAUCACACCAGUGUCAUAACAUCACUAUUUCAGUCCUUGGGAGCUCUUUCUAGAAGUUCAAGACAGCUCAAUCGUCUCAGUGGUUAUGCUGGCCGCAUUCACGAGUUAAUAGUCAUAUCAAGAGACCUAAGUUGUGAUGAUAAAGCUUCUCUGCAAAGAAGCGGAAGUAGGAACUACUUUAGUGAAGCUGAUUAUGUUGAGUUUUCUGGUGUCAAGGUUGUCACCCCAACUGGUAAUGUUUUGGUGGAAGAUCUGACAUUUAAGGUUGAAUCAGGAUCUAAUCUGUUGAUUACAGGUCCAAAUGGUAGUGGGAAGAGCUCACUUUUCCGAGUUUUGGGUGGCCUUUGGCCAUUGUUAUCUGGCCAUAUUGUGAAACCUGGUGUUGGUGCCGAUCUUAAUAAGGAGAUUUUCUAUGUGCCACAAAGGCCAUAUACAGUUGUAGGCACACUUCGUGAUCAGUUAAUAUAUCCUCUCAGUGUGGAUCAAGAGGUUGAACCACUCACACCAAGUGGAAUGGUGGAGCUCUUGAAAAAUGUUGAUCUUGAGUAUCUAUUAGAACGUUAUCCGCCUGAGCAGGAAGUUAAUUGGGGCAAGGAAUUGUCUUUAGGAGAGCAACAAAGGUUAGGGAUGGCCAGACUGUUCUACCACAAGCCUAAAUUUGCAAUUCUUGAUGAGUGCACCAGUGCAGUCACUACUGAUAUGGAGGAACGUUUUUGCACUAAAGUUCGAGCUAUGGGAACUUCAUGCAUAACGAUAUCACACCGUCCUGCUCUAGUUGCGUUUCAUGAUGUUGUUUUGUCCCUGGAUGGAGAAGGGGGCUGGCAAGUUAAUUACAAAAGAAAGGAUUCUAGUUCCCUGAUGACCAAUGUCAAGAGGGCUUCUGCGACAGAGCGUAAAAGUGAUGCAAUGGUAGUUCAACUUGCAUUUGCCACAACUGAUAAGGAUUCUGCAUUCUCAAAUUCAAAGGCACAAUCAUAUAUUUCAGAAGUGAUACUGGCAUCUCCCAGUGCAGAUCCUGGUCUUCCAUUGCCAAUUGUUCCACAACUCCAAAGGGCUCCAAAGGCAUUGGCAUUGAGAGUAUCUGCCAUGUUUAGAAUACUGGUACCAACUUUUCUUGAUAAACAAGGGGCACAAUUACUUGUGCUUGCUUUUCUUGUUGUUACAAGAACAUGGGUCUCAGAUCAGAUUGCCUCAUUGAAUGGCACCACUCUAAAAUAUGUUUUGGAGCAAGAUAAAACAUCCUUUAUUCAAUUAAUUGGUGUUAGUAUUCUUCAAAGUGUUGCAUCCUCUUUCAUUGCACCUUCAUUGAGGCACUUGAAAGCUAGGUUGGCUCUUGGAUGGAGGAUUCAUUUGACUCAGCAUCUACUAAAGAAAUACUUGAGAAACAAUGCAUUUUACAAGGUCUUCGAUAUGUCGAGCAAAAAUAUUGAUGCAGAUCAGAGAAUAACUCAUGAUCUUCAAAAGCUGUCCACAGACUUGUCCGGACUAUUAACUGGAAUGGUAAAGCCAUCUGUUGACAUCUUGUGGUUCACCUGGAGAAUGAAGCUCUUAACGGGUCAGAAAGGAGUUGCCAUAUUGUAUGCUUAUAUGCUGCUUGGUCUGGGUUUUUUGAGAACUAUAACUCCCGAUUUUGGUUAUCUUACAAGUCAAGAGCAACAACUUGAAGGAACUUUUAGGUUCAUGCAUGAAAGACUGCGUAUGCAUGCUGAGUCCGUUGCUUUCUUUGGAGGUGGCACACGAGAAAAAGCUAUGAUUGAGUCAAGAUUCAGGGAGCUGCUUGACCAUUCUCUGUUACUUCUAAAGAAGAAAUGGUUAUAUGGUAUCCUGGAUGAUUUUGUCACAAAGCAACUCCCACAUAAUGUAACUUGGGGCUUGAGCUUGUUGUAUGCUAAGGAACACAAGGGAGACAGAGCUCUGAUCUCAACUCAAGGGGAGUUGGCACAUUCAUUGCGGUUUUUAGCCUCUGUUGUCUCGCAGAGCUUUUUAGCAUUUGGAGACAUUCUUCAAUUGCAUAAGAAGUUCCUUGAGCUCUGUGGCGGUGUGAAUAGAAUUUUUGAGCUAGAAGAGCUUCUAGAUGCUGCAGAGUUUGGGAAUUGGCCGGCCAAUAAACUCUCUCUGUCUAAGGAGACUGAUGUUAAUACAGAAGAUUUCAUUGCCUUUGUGGAGGUUGAUAUCAUUACUCCAGCACAGAAAUUGUUGGCAAAGCGGUUGACAUUUGACAUAGUACAAGGGAAAAGCUUGCUUGUCACAGGUCCGAAUGGAAGUGGUAAAAGUUCUGUUUUCAGAGUCCUUAGAGGUCUUUGGCCCAUUGUGAGUGGUAGACUUGCUAAGCCAUCCCAAUAUAUUAAUGAAGAAGGUGAAUCUGGUUGUGGUGUCUUCUAUGUUCCUCAACAGCCAUACACAUGCUUUGGAACCUUGAGAGAUCAAAUUAUAUAUCCUCUCUCUCAUGAUGAGGCAGCAUGUAUGAUGUCAAAGCUGCAUGGUGAAGAUAAAAUAUCUGGUGACACCACAGAGAUUCUGGAUGCACAUUUGAAAGCUAUUCUGGAGAAUGUUAGACUAAACUAUCUUCUGGAAAGGGAGGAAGGUGGUUGGGAUGCUAAUCUGAAUUGGGAAGACAUUCUCUCUCUUGGAGAACAACAGAGAUUAGGUAUGGCGCGGCUAUUCUUUCACAAGCCUAAAUUUGGUAUUCUUGAUGAGUGUACGAAUGCCACGAGUGUUGAUGUCGAGAAACAACUUUAUAGGCUUGCUCAUGACAUGAACAUCACAGUUGUUACGUCCUCACAGCGUCCUGCUCUAAUACCAUUCCAUUCUGUGGAAUUACGGCUUAUUGAUGGUGAAGGUAACUGGGAGCUUCGUAUGAUAAAGCAAUGAAGUGGCAGUAGCAUCAGCAUUUUUUGAUUGAAGCUGUGUAAAUGAUGGCAUCAGAUCUCAUAUGCAGUCGUGGAACAGACCAAAGUCAUUGCCAUUCAGAACAGAAUAUAGUCCUACAUGUUUCAAGUUUUUAUUUUGUUCAAUAUACGAGUCGGGCUGAAGAAAGCUGCCAACCACGUUUUGACUGUUCCUUAAAAUAGGAUCUGAUCAUUUUGAUCACAUACCUCAAGUGUAAGUUAUUUUGCAAACAAGCACAGCAGAAGAUGAAAAAGAAAAGCUAAUUACAAAAGAAGUAAUCUUCAGAAUCCUUAAAAUCAA